AUGAAUCACUUGGUGAUUGAUCUUUUAGGUGGCUCAACUACAGUAGGCACUCAGCUUGUUACUAAUUAUAUUAAUAAUGGAAGCGGUGUAAUUCCAUACACUCAAUUGUGGUUUUUCGAUCCAAAUGGAACUGUUCGAAACGCAGCUGCUGGAUUGGUGAUUCAAAUCAGUGGCGGUAUUGCUGGAACAAAUCUCGUUCUAGGGACAAAUAUCGUGGCACAAAAUCAAAUAUGGUUAUUUAGUGGCGUAACGAUGUCUUGUCCAGCUGCAAGCAAAGUUAUGGAUAUCACAGGAAGCAAUGCAUCUCCUAAUACAUAUGUUGUUGCUUGGUCUUCGACUGGUGGUACUAAUCAAAAAUGGACCACAAUCCCAUAUACAUGUUGA